GUAAUCUUCAUCGACAUACUGUACAAUGUGUAUUAAUGAUUAAUAUGUUUAAUGAAAAAAUUUUUUAUUUUUAUGGUUUUGGUUACUUAUCAUUUCUACUAUCAGUGUUGUAAGCCUUUUACAAUGGUUAUUUGCAAGCUUUAUGAAUAUUUCUGGACGAGAAAUGAUUGGUAUUUAUCUUGAAAAGAUUGAUCCAGCAAUUGCUCAUACAACACGUUAUCGUGCAUUAAUUGAUGAAUUUGUUGAUGAAAAACUUCGUCCAGAUGGUAUCUUCUUAUUGCAAUUAAUAAAAGCUAAUUCAGGUGAUAUUGUCACCUGUGAAUUAAUCGCAACACUUUGGCGACGUUUUCAUUCAAAUCGUAUAAAUCCGCCACCAUAUACAGAACCAUUAUUAUCCGGUAAACGAAAAAUUUCUACUCAUGAAAGCGGAUUAUAGUUAAUGGGAAAUUUGAAAUAUAUGACAUAGAGUUGUAUUUGUUACUGAUUUGUAUUUUGAAUGAAAAUGAUGGAAUUAGUGAAAUUUGAACAAUUCAAUGUAACUAGAAUUGGG